AUGAAAGGACUUAUUCUGGUCGGUGGCUUUGGCACCCGCCUUCGUCCUCUAACCCUGACGCUCCCUAAACCGCUCGUCGAAUUUGGCAACAAGCCCAUGAUUGUCCAUCAGAUCGAAGCCCUCGUUGCUGCUGGCGUCAAAGACAUUGUUCUCGCCGUGAACUACAGGCCCGAAAUUAUGGAGAAAUUCCUUCAAGAGUACGAGGAGAAGUACAACAUCAACAUUGAGUUUUCCGUCGAGUCCGAACCCCUCGACACGGCCGGUCCUCUAAAAUUAGCCGAAAAGAUCCUACUCAAAGACGACUCUCCAUUCUUCGUUCUCAACUCUGAUGUCAUUUGCGACUAUCCCUUCGAGCAGCUGCUACAGUAUCACAAGAACCACGGCGAUGAAGGCACCAUUGUCGUUACCAAGGUCGAGGAACCGUCAAAAUACGGUGUCGUCGUCCACAAGCCUAAUCACCCCUCUCGCAUCGACCGAUUUGUCGAGAAGCCGGUUCAAUAUGUCGGUAACCGCAUUAAUGCUGGCAUGUACAUCUUCAACACAUCAGUCCUCAAGCGCAUCGAACUCCGCCCCACUUCCAUCGAGAAGGAGACCUUCCCCGCCAUGGUCAAGGAUAAUCAGUUACACUCGUUCGAUCUCGAGGGAUUCUGGAUGGACGUUGGUCAACCCAAGGACUUCCUCAGUGGAACCUGCUUGUACCUUUCGUCCUUGACCAAGCGAGGCUGCAAGACUCUCACCCCGCCUACUGAAUCCUUUGUCCAUGGCGGAAACGUUCUCAUUGACCCUUCAGCCAAGAUUGGCAAGAACUGCAGAAUAGGGCCCAACGUCACUAUUGGGCCCAACGUCAUUGUUGGAGACGGUGUCCGCUUGCAACGCUGCGUGCUUUUGCGUGGCUCCAAGGUCAAAGACCACGCUUGGGUCAAGUCCACCAUUGUCGGUUGGAACAGCACUGUCGGCCGUUGGGCUCGCCUGGAGAACGUGACUGUUCUCGGUGACGAUGUCACUAUUGGCGAUGAAAUCUAUGUCAAUGGCGGAAGCGUUCUACCUCACAAGUCUAUCAAGGCCAACGUCGAUGUUCCCGCAAUCAUCAUGUAA